AUGGGGGUCAUACUGGGUGAUGAUAUUGGAUCACAUGGGGUCAUACUGGGUGAUGAUAUUGGAUCACAUGGGGUCAUACUGGGUGAUGAUAUUGGGUCACAUGGGGUCAUACUGGGUGAUGAUAUUGGGUCAUAUGGGGUCAUACUUGGUGAUGAUAUUGGGUCACAUGGGGUCAUACUGGGUGAUGAUAUUGGGUCACAUGGGGUCAUACUGGGUGAUGAUAUUGGAUCACAUGGGGUCAUACUGGGUGAUGAUAUUGGGUCACAUGGGGUCAUACUGGGUGAUGAUAUUGGGUCAUAUGGGGUCAUACUUGGUGAUGAUAUUGGGUCACAUGGGGUCAUACUGGGUGAUGAUAUUGGGUCACAUGGGGUCAUACUGGGUGAUGAUAUUGGGUCAUCCUUAACACCAGGUUAUUCCAUAUAUGGCUAA